CGCUGACUUAGUCAGAGAUGAUUGCAAUAUCUGUGGAAAGAUAUAAUACCCACCCUCUUUUCUCUUUCUGCGAUCCCUCCUCCUUCCUUUGCCGUCAUGAACACACGAGCCUCCAGUUUCGACGAUACCAGGACGCUCCAGCCUGACCAGCAGCUACCUGAUGUUGUAGAGACAAUACAAGUCCAACCAUCUGAAAAGAAUGGUGCUGACCCAUUUCUUGUGACUCUUGACCCCUCCGAAGAUCCACAGUAUUGGUCAGUAACCCAUAAAUGGUCUGUGACCAUCCUAGGCGGUGUCCUAUUGCUUAACGCUACGUUCGCGAGUUCUGCCCCGUCUGGGAUUGUUGAACAAGUCAUAGAAGAAUUCGGCUUAUCAACGGAGGUUGCGACUCUCAUGAUCUCCCUGUUCGUCGCAGGAUACUGUGUAGGGCCUAUCAUAUGGGGACCUCUCUCUGAAGAGUUCGGACGUCGACCCAUCUUCAUCGUGGCAUUCAUUGUCUAUGUAUGCUUCCAGAUCGGGAUGGCCUUGGCUAAAAAUACUGCCUCGCUGCUCGUCUUCCGUUUCAUAGGGGGAACGUUCGCUGCCUGUCCUUUGACGAAUUCUGGGGCUAUCAUCUCUGAUAUAUGGGAUGCUCGAACACGAGGAAAGGCCCUUGCAAUAUUCACGGUAGCCCCCUUUGCCGGCCCUGCAUUAGGACCUACAGUUGCGGGAUAUAUAUCUGUAGCGGGUGUAUCCUGGCGUUGGGUUUUCUGGGUCUUAACCAUCUUCGCUGGAAUCUGCUGGAUAUUAAUUAUUGUGGCAAUUCCGGAAACCUACCGACCCAUUCUUCUCGUCAAAAAAGCGAAGAAAAUGAGGAAAGAAACCGGCGAUGAUAGAUAUUAUGCGCCAAUGGAAAAGGACACAAAGACAUUGGCCCAGCAAGUUGAGCACGUUCUCGCCAGGCCAUUCAAGAUUCUUUUCCAGGAGCCCAUGCUUAUGGCUAGCACAUUAUAUCUUAGUUUCGUCUAUGGAUGUCUUUACCUUCUCUUUGAAGCAUAUCCCAUCGUCUUCACCGAGGGUCAUGGCUUCAACGCGGGCGUCUCUGGUCUUAUGUUUUUACCCAUAAUGUUUGGUGGUAUUACAGCUGUCAUAGGGUACCUCCUAAUCUGGAAUCCCCGUUACGAGAAGGAAGUAGCUCGAUGUGCUCCAGGGCCUGUUGCACCGGAAUAUCGUUUGCACAUGGCCCUUUUUGCCUCUCCGUUGUUCGCUGUGUCAUUCUUUUGGUUUGGUUGGACCUCAUUUCCAUCGAUAUCCUACUGGGCACCCUUGAUGGCUGGAUAUGUUAUGGGGUUCUCCAUCAGCUGGAUAUUUUUGAGUUUCUUCAACUACAUCAUUGAUACAUACUUGAUGAUUGCUGCUUCGGCCCUCGCUGCCAAUACUGUUUGCCGUAGUCUGUUUGGUGCUGCUUUCCCUCUAUUUGCCACCCAGAUGUAUACCGCCCUCGAUCCUCGCUGGGCGUCGUCGCUUUUGGGAUUCGUCGCGCUUGCCAUGGUUCCGCUACCUCUGCUAUUCUUAAAAUACGGUCAUAUUCUUCGAAUGAAAUCGAAGUAUGCACUAACCAAAAAACUGCCGGUGUCAUGUUCAAAAGAGUCUGAUAAGACUGCUGCUUGAAAAAUCACAUCAGGGCCUGGCAUAGUAAUUUUAUCUCAGCAAAUGGUAUCCCUCACGACUGUAUUUUUACACAUUCAGGAUCUUUGCACAACAUCAGCAGGUAGACAGAUUACAUUAUACUACAUACCACUCAGUACCACUAAUAAUUACUUGGGACUUUGAAAUACAAUAUGAUGAUGCAAUGCCG